CAGGAAAAUGGCGUUGCUGUUCGUUGUUUCACACGGGCGAGGAACGUGGUACGCGCGGCGUCACUGACGCGUCGCGUCUAGCAUGUAAAUAAUAACGAGACACGUGCGUUGGUACUGAACGUUGAUCGCGAAGACCGCCCCGCCUUGCUCGCGUGCCCGUCGUGGUGACUCCGAUGCGAUUCCGGUGAUACGUUUCUACCUGCGUGUCCGCAAUGGCCGACGACUCCACUCCGCUGCCGAAGAGGCGCCAAUUGCGCGAGCGCACCAGGAAGCUGUACACGGACGACUGGACGCUGGGCGACGAGGAGAUCGAGGGCCGCAGGACCUUCCAGCUCGACGAGAAGAUCGAGGGCGAGAGGUACGAUCUGAGCAAUUUCAGCGGCCUCUUCCGCGAGAUGACCGGUCCGGAGCUGAACCUGACUUACCUACAGAAGCACGGUCUGCAGAUACCGCUGCUGUUCAAGGAGAAGUCCGGGCUGGGCUUGCGAGUGCCCAGCUCCAACUUCUCCAUAAACGACGUCAGAACUUGCGUGGGUUCCAAGAGAGUGCUGGACGUUAUGGAUGUUAAUACUCAAAAGAAUGAAGAUAUGACUAUGAAGGAGUGGCAGAAGUAUUACGAGGAUCCCAACAAGGAACGCUUGUUGAAUGUGAUCUCAUUAGAGUUUAGUCAUACCAAGUUAGAGAAUUACGUACAAUCGCCUGCGCUAGUGAGGCAGGUGGAUUGGGUAGACGUGGUGUGGCCCAGGCACCUCAAGGACGCACAGGUGGAGUCUACCAAUCUGCUAGAGGACAUGAUGUAUCCGAAGGUGCAAAAGUACUGCUUAAUGUCUGUGAAAGGUUGCUACACCGACUUUCACGUUGACUUUGGCGGUACGAGUGUAUGGUACCACAUUCUGCGCGGUGGCAAGAUCUUCUGGCUGAUUCCGCCCACCGAGAAGAACCUGACCCUCUAUCAGGAGUGGGUGUUGAGUGGCAAACAGUCCGACGUAUUCUUCGGUGAUAUGGUAGACAGAUGCGGCAGGAUAAGCCUGACGGCUGGCAUGACGCUCUUCAUACCGACUGGUUGGAUACACGCGGUAUACACUCCGCAGGACUCUUUGGUCUUUGGUGGAAAUUUCCUUCACAGCUUCGGUAUCGAAAAGCAGCUCAAAGUCGCACAGGUGGAGGAGCACACGAAGGUGCCGCAGAAAUUCCGAUAUCCGUUCUUCACAGAAAUGUUGUGGUACGUCCUCGAAAGAUACGUGCACGUGCUGUUGGGCAGAAAUCACCUGGAUAUAUCAGAGUCGCAGCGGCAACACUUGGUCCCGCAGCAGCACCAGCACGUACAUAUCACGCCGUUCGAGUUACACGGCUUGAAAGCAAUAGUGAUGUAUCUACAUUCGUUACCGUCAACUAAGAAGAACGUACCGGAAUUGAUACGCGAUCCGGUAGCGCUCAUUCACGACGUUCGUUGCCUGGUGGAGAAGCACAGACACGAUAAUCCAGAGGCGGCAGUGACGGGCAAUCCUGUGUUACCGUCACCACCGCCUUUAAGUAUCGCCGACCGAGAACGGAUGAAAGUCACGAGGAAAGGUUUUGUCAAAAUGCAGAGACAUCAUUCGGACAAAUCCGAGAGAGCAUUCCCGCGCAGAAGACGCACGAGAUGCAAGAAGUGUGAAGCUUGCACUAGACAGGAUUGUCGAGAGUGUGUGUUUUGCCAAGAUAUGGUCAAGUUCGGAGGCAGUGGUCGCGCUAAGCAAACAUGCCUUAUGCGUCAGUGUCUCAGACCCAUGCUUCCUGUUACGUCAUCCUGUAAGGUCUGCAACUUAGAUGGCUGGAAACAACCACCUGCACCACUGACGGGUAAAUCGUUUCCCACAACACCAUCUACUUUAAUGGAAUGUUCAACCUGUUUCGACAUUAUACAUCCAGAAUGUAUAGGUUUAAGCUCCAAGGAGAUAACUGUGAAUGACGAUUUGCCAAACAGUUGGGAGUGUCCAGAGUGUUGCGAGCGAGGUCGAAACUUGGAUUAUCGGCCACGUCAGGCAAGGGGUCGCACGCGAAAGCUAUCGGUAUCCAGCGCAGCCUCCUCGGCACCGACUACGGAUUCCGAGCGAGCUAUGACACCAAGUAAGCGGUCGAGGCUCGACCCCAACGAGGCGUGGAAUGAUUCGCCCGGGGAACCAGCCGAAGGUGAACAGAGAAUGACUCAGCAGCGCACCCAGUUAGCUAUGCAGUUAAUCGCCUCGAGCAGCAGGUCCUUGGUGAGGCCUCACGUUGUAGUUAGGCCAGCACCGCCCCCGCCUAUUCAAGAAACGGACAGCGAGCCAAACGAGCAGAGUCUGGUGUACAACAAGACGGUGAUGCUUGCGAUAUUUCGAGUUCUCAACGUGAAGGAUCUGUCGAAUUGUGCCUUGGUUUGCCGUACCUGGGCAAGAUACAGUGUAGAACCCAGUCUAUGGAAGAAACUCGACAUGUCGCACCACAUCCUCUAUUCCUCACACCUGACAGCUAUCAUCAGACGUCAACCUGAGAGUCUUUCGCUAGACUGGACCAACAUCAAUAAGAUGCAGCUAGCUUGGCUACUGAGUAGACUACCACAGUUACGAACAUUGUCCCUUCAGGGCUGUACUUGGGCCGGCGUUCGUGCCCUAAAGAGUUGCAGCUGUCCGCCUCUAGAAAAGCUAAAUCUGAAUUAUGUCAUCUCUUUCAACGACGCUGUUUUACAAGACAUCCUGGAUUCACCAACUGAUUCGAGACCUGGCCUUAUUGACAAAACAUCACGAUUGAAGCAUCUCAAAAAUCUAUCUGUAGCAGGAUGUGAUCUUACGGACCGAGGAAUAAAAUAUGUAGUCCAGCAUCUGUCGGAUCUUGAAACUGUAGACCUUUCAUCGAUUGGCAGGCUCACCGAUUCUGGGGUGGCGCACCUCAUCUCCCUGCCAAAUCUGACAUCGUUGAACCUAGCAAAUUGCAAGUUGCUCACUGAAACCACUCUCGAUCAUUUGACAAGAUGUAAGGCGCUAAAACGCCUGGAUCUGCGACACACUCAAGUGUCCACGCAAGCUGUCAUCAAGUUUGCUGCUAAGAGCGAACACAACUUGCAUGUGACGGACGUUAAACUGGUGGAGGAAAAGAAGGUGAAAAUUGAACUCGUGGACACGUGAAAGAGCAUGACGCUCACUCGCGAAGUAUUGUUCAGUGCAAUCUGGUUAUUAUCGCGUAAGAACAUCAUUUGCAGAGAAUUAGAGCCAUAAUAGCAUGCUACGAUCAGCGAUUAUUUAUUUUACACGAGAGAAUCUAGGUAUCUUUAAAAGAUACAUCCUUAUAAUGCCACAGGAAGGACCUGACUAGUGUAGAAUUUAUAUUUGGAUAACAUUUACUGUCACCGACAUAAGACCAGACAGAAUUUUAACAAGAACGAUUCCUUCGCAACUUGGACUUGUUAUUAUUCCUUUUUCAUUUUUCUUACACAAAUUCUUAUCUGUUCAAUAAUGAUUUAGCAGAUAUAUUUGCGCAUAUAUUUCGCAAAAUUACUGAAUGUGUUUAAAACAAAUGCUCUAAUUUAUUUGGAUUUUUCUUUGCAACAAUAUUGAAAGAAGAUCAUCAUCAAUUGCAAUUUUGUAACUUUUUAUAUGUAUAACUAAAAUGGAUUAUAUCUAUAACUAAAAUUCAAAUUGUAUUAAACUUCAUGAAAUGAAUUAAAAAUUGUAAUUAUGUUAUUCACUUAGCAUAGGCCUUGUCAACUUCGGCUCCAGAGUCGCAAUCUCCC